AUGGACAUCAGUCAGCUGAGCUCAGAGGUUCUCAGUGGUCAGUCUGUCCAGCAGCAUCAAACACAGUUGGACUCCAUAUUUAUGCUGCUGGAGGAGAACAUCAGCAAGUUUGUGAAGAACGAGCUGAAGAAGAUGCAGAAGGCUCUGAGUCCAGAUGACCCAGAAUGCUUAGAGAGUCAGAGUGAGGAUGAGGAGGUGUUGGACGGUGAGGAGGAAGAGCAGAGGAGGAGCAGCAGAGAGGCAUUUCUGAAGAUCGCACUGCACUUCCUGAGGAGAAUGAAGCAGGAGGAGCUGGCUGAGCGUCUGCAGAGCAGAACUCGUGCUGCAAAGUGUCGAUAUAAACUCAAGUCUAACCUGCAGAAGAAGUUCCAGUGUCUGUUUGAGGGGAUCACUAAAGCAGGAAACCCAACCCUUCUGAAUCAGAUCUACACACCGCUCUACAUCACAGAGGGAGGGACUGCAGAGGUCAAUGAUGAACAUGAGGUCAGACAGAUUGAAACAGCAUCCAGGAAACCAGACAGACCAGAAACAACAAUCAGACAUGAAGAUAUCUUUAAAGCCUCACCUGGAAGAGAUGAACCAAUCAGAACAGUGAUGACAAAGGGAGUUGCUGGCAUUGGGAAAACAGUCUUAACACAGAAGUUCACUCUGGACUGGGCUGAAGAAAAAGCCAACCAGGACAUACACUUCACAUUUCCAUUCACUUUCAGAGAGCUGAAUGUGCUGAAAGAGAAAACGUACAGCUUGGUGGAACUUGUUCAUCACUUCUUUACUGAAACCAAAGAAGCAGGAAUCUGCAGGUUUGAAGAGUUCCAGGUUGUGUUCAUCUUUGACGGUCUGGAUGAGUGUCGACUUCCUCUGGACUUCCACAACACUGAGAUCCUGACUGAUGUUACAGAGUCCACCUCAGUGGAUGUGCUGCUGACAAACCUCAUCAGGGGGAAACUGCUUCCCUCUGCUCGCCUCUGGAUAACCACACGACCUGCAGCAGCCAAUCAGAUCCCUCCUGAGUGUAUUGGCAUGGUGACAGAGGUCAGAGGGUUUGCUGACCCACAGAAGGAGGAGUACUUCAGGAAGAGAUUCAGAGAUGAGGAGCAGACCAGAACCAUCAUCUCCCACAUCAAGACAUCACGAAGCCUCCGCAUCAUGUGCCACAUCCCAGUCUUCUGCUGGAUCACUGCUACAGUUCUGGAGGAUGUGUUGAAAAGCAGAGAGGGAGGAGAGCUGCCCAAGACCCUAACUGAGAUGUACAUCCACUUCCUGGUGGUUCAGGCCAAAGUGAAGAAGGUCAAGUAUGAUGGAGGAGCUGAGACAGAUCCACACUGGAGUCCAGAGAACAGGAAGAUGAUUGAGUCUCUGGGAAAACUGGCUUUUGAGCAGCUGAAGAAAGGCAACCUGAUCUUCUAUGAAUCAGACCUGACAGAGUGUGGCAUCGAUAUCAGAGCAGCCUCAGUGUACUCAGGAGUGUUCACAGAGAUCUUUAAAGAGGAGAGAGGGCUGUACCAGGACAAGGUGUUCUGCUUCGUCCACCUGAGUGUUCAGGAGUUUCUGGCUGCUCUUCAUGUCCAUCUGACAUUCAUCAAGUCUGGAGUCAAUCUGCUGGUAGAAGAACAAAUAACAUCCCUGACACGUUUCUACCAGAGUGCUGUGGACGAGGCCUUAAAGAGUACAAAUGGACACCUGGACUUGUUCCUCCGCUUCCUCCUGGGUCUUUCACUGCAGACCAAUCAGACUCUCCUACGAGGUCUGCUGGCACAGACAGGAAGUAGCUCACAGACCAAUCAGGAAACAGUCAAGUACAUCAAGAAGAAGUUCAGUGAGAAUCUGUCGGCAGAGAGAAGCAUCAAUCUGUUCCACUGUCUGAAUGAACUGAAUGAUCAUUCUCUAGUGGAGCAGAUCCAACAGUUCCUGAGAUCAGGAAGUCUCUCCACAGAUAAACUGUCUCCUGCUCAGUGGUCAGCUCUGGUCUUCAUCUUACUGUCAUCAGAAAAAGAUCUGGAUGUGUUUGACCUGAAGAAAUACUCUGCUUCAGAGGAGGCUCUUCUGAGGCUGCUGCCAGUGGUCAAAGCUUCACAUAAAGCUCUGCUGAGUGGCUGUAAACUCUCAGAGAGAAGCUGUGCAGCUCUGUCCUCAGUUCUCAGCUCCCAGUCCUCUAGUCUGAGAGAUCUGGACCUGAGUAACAACAACCUGCAGGAUUCAGGAGUGAAGCAGCUUUCUGCUGGAUUGGAGAGUCCACACUGUACACUGGAAACUCUCAGUCUGUCAGGAUGUCUGAUCACAGAGGAAGGCUGUGCUUCUCUGGUCUCAGCUCUGAGCUACAACCCCUCCCAUCUGAGAGAGCUGGACCUGAGCUACAAUCAUCCAGGAGACUCAGGAGAGAAGCUUUUGUCUGCUGGAUUGGAGGAUCCAUACUGGAGACUGGACACUCUCAGUUAUGGUCAGGUGGGAAUCCCAGACCUAACACUGGACACAAACACAGUGAACAGAAACCUCAAACUGUCUGACAACAACAGGAAGGUGACACAUGUGAAGGAGGUUCAGUCAUAUCCUGAUCAUCCAGACAGAUUUGACCCCAUGGUUCAGCUGCUGUGUAGAAAUGUUCUGACUGGUCGCUGUUACUGGGAGGUCGAGUGGAGAGGAGGAAUUAAUAUAUCAGUGAGUUACAGAGGAAUCAGCAGGAAAGGAGACAGUGAUGACUGUUUGUUUGGAUGGAACAAUCAGUCCUGGAGUCUGAUCUGCUCUGAUGUUGGUUACUCUGUCUGUCACAAUAAGAGAGUAACAUACAUCUCCCCCUUAUCCUCCUCCUCCUCCUCCUCCUCCUCCUCCUCCUCCUCUGUCUCUAACAGAGUAGCAGUAUAUGUGGACUGUCCUGCUGGCACUCUGUCCUUCUACAGAGUCUCCUCUGACACACUGAUCCACCUCCACACCUUCAACACCACAUUCACUGAACCUCUGUAUGCUGGGUUUAGGGUCUGGCAGUCUGGUUCCUCAGUGUCUGUGUGUCCUCUGUCUGAGUGAGAGUCUCCUCCUGUGGAGACAAACAGUCACACUGCUGACUGAAGACAGCUGCUGAAAUCACUGUUCACUCUGUUCACCAGUGAACAGUAGAAACAGGAAGUGACAGCAGCUUCCUGUGUUUAAAUGUAGAUGGUGGACGAGGUUUCACUCUGGUUUCAUUCGAAUCACUGACUG